GGCUUUUACCUCCCCAAUCUGUCUUGUGCCUAUCUCGCAUACCUGGGUAAAGGAUACGAAAUUGCACCAUGGCCGCCACCGACCUUAGCCAUGUCCCCGCCUACCUCAUCGGAACUCUAAGCAUAGCGUUGGGCCUCAACGCUAUCUUUCGCCCCGCAGCAGAGUACCCGCGUUUUGGUUUGCCGUUGGAGGCCGGCCAUCAGGCUCUACCUCACCAGAGCUCCUGCGUCUCCCCGCUCAUGUACCUGAAAGGUAUUCGGGAGAUCAGCUAUGGCCUGUUGCUCAUCGGGCUGCAGUCCCAGGGCCAAGAACCGGCCAUCACGACGCUGGCGGCGGUAAUGGCCUGUGUGGGACUGGCGGACGGCGUCGUGGUGUGGUGUUGUGGAGGGGCGGAACGGAGGCAGAAGGCUUGGGGUCAUUGGGGCACGUUUGUCGUGAUGGGAGCGUGGGCCUGGUACAGGAACUCCCCUUGAUGAGGUUGAUUAUUUCUACUGCGGAACGGCGGGAAUGGCGGAGAUUGUAUAAGAUUACGGCUCGGAGACGCCAUUCGAUUUGUUUAUACUAUAGGGAUACUGCGAUAGUCUGGUGCAGCGCAAUGAAAUUAAAUGCUGG